CUAAAUGGGUCGAGAGGACAAGGGUGUAGAUGAUAGGGACUACCAGAACCCACGUGAAUUGUAAACAAACUGCGUGAAAUAUUUUUUUCAUAUCAAACGAGAAGUUUUGCAAAUAAUCACAAAAUGAGUCGAAGAUAUUCAACAGGAGAAGUAGAAGAUGACGAAUUUGAAAGCGAUAUUUUCAAAGAUAUAGAAAAGAAGACACAAGAUGGUAAUGGUACAUCCGGAUCAGAAAAUGAAUCUGAUGAACCAGAAUCCUCUGAAAAUGAAGACUUAUUGGUGGAAAGUGACGAAGAAUAUGACGAGGACAAUGUUGCCACAAAGGUGAAAACAACUGACAUUGCUUAUGACAAUGAGGAGGAUAGUGAUCAGGAUGAUGCUCCUGAGGCUGUUUCUUUUCAGUCAGGGAAGGAAAAUGCCAUACAGAGAAUGAGGCAAGUCAUGAAACAGAUUGACACGGAAAAGAUGACCCUCAAAAACAAGCGGAGACAUCUUGAUCAACAGUACAAGGACCAGAAGAAAAAGAAGUUGGAAGAACUCUCUAAGAGAAAGCUACCUGAGGAUUUCUUUGAUGACCUGCCAGAGGAGACAAAUGAUGUGAAGUCCAAAUUAUCAUCAAAGAAAAAGAAAGUGAGCAGUGUAGCAGAUGAAGAGGAAGGGAGUUUGGCUGAUACAGAGGAAGACUUCCAGGUUUCAAAACAAGAUUUUAUUUCCUUCGACAACAACAGAUUGAGUGGUGUAGAAGUGUCGACAAUACAGAACCAUAAACAGAAAACGAUGUCCUCCAGGUGUAAAGCGGCCAAUUUCAGGGUAGCUCGGCUCAGCAAUGUUCCUCGACACACAAGUAAAACUUACUUUGCCAAGCUGGAAAAGAAGAAAGCAUUGAAGACCGGAUUGGAGAAAGAAUUCAUGAUUAAAUGAUAUGAGAGAAAAGGGAUUUUUAAAUAUGUACACAUAUGUAUAUUUAUAUAAAAGUAUCAGCAAAAACGGUGAAAAAAGUACAAGGGAAGUAACUCUGUUAUAUCCUGCCAGUUGAUUGACUGAUGUCCUGAUUACAAUAAUUUCGAACAUGGAUUAAUGUGGUACAUUUUGUAUUUACAUGUAAAUCGUGAAAGAUUACUGCUGCCAUUUCAAAUUAAAAUAUAAAGUCUUCUUCAAUAAGAUAUGUGAAGGAAAGAUUUUGUUAUAAUUAUACAUGUUUGUGUAUGAAUGAGAGUGUGAGAUUCUGUUUAUCAUAUAUGUACAUGGUUUCACAAGUUUUAGUUGCACUAAGACUCAUUGUAUGUUAAUAAGUAAAACAUUCUGUAUAUGCAAACAUUUAAGAUCCUGUUCAUCAUAUGAGUCUGUUAUACAGUCUGUUAAGUUCGGAGUUGUGUAAGAUUAUGUAUAUCAUAGCAUGUGCAUAAGAGUGUAAAUAUCUGUCUUACGACUUGUUAUGGAAUGAAGAUUUCUGUUUAUCUACAGAAGUAUAAAAUUCUGUUUAUUCACAUGAGUACAAAGAUUAUUUGUACAAGUAUCACUAGAGUUCAUGUAUACUUUUCAGAGUAUACUUAUGUUGGUGUAUGUGACAAUAAGAUUCUUGUAAUGUACACGAGUAGGAAAUUCUCUUCCAGAAUUCAUGUAGGGGAGGAGGGGUGGGAGGCACUUUCAUACUUUUAAUAGCCCAUUUCAUAUAACACUGAAUUUAUAUGCAUCCGAGAAAAUUCAAAUAGAAAUACCUUUAUUGCAAAGUUAACCUUUAUAUUUGUCCAAUAAACUCCCUACUGAUGAGUUUUCUGUGUCGUCUAGUAGCCUUCUUUAGCUCUAAUGAAAGGGGACAGUCGGAGGGGAGUAAGUCAUAAGAGUCGGGGAUUAACCCUGUUAUGUGACUCAAAAAGACUGGCAUAUCAGUAGCAGGUACUUCGUGUCACCUUCUGUUUUGUCUCAGCUCUAGUAAAGCUGAUGAAGUGGAGUCUGUGUUAAUGACAAAUUUCCUGAAAGCAUAAUCAUAUCUUUGGCACCAAGAACUAAGUGUUGGAUAGUGAAACAGAGUGACAGUAGUUGGUAUUGUUGGGGUCCAUGUCGUCUCGCCAUUUGUUUCAAGCCUCAUCACUUCUCUGUCUUGUUUCUUUAUUGACUCUUCUUCAGCAGAAUUAGCUGUCCUCCAGACAAGACCGGAGACAGGACAGAGAGUGAGACACACUUCCAGCUUCUGAUCAUGAUCAUGAUAUGGCAGCCUUGUUCAGUCACUUCGAUUAAUUAGGGUUAUGGUUUGAGUUAGGGUUAACCAUUGAGUCAAUUGAAAUUGACAGACUCCCCUUAGGCAGUACCAGUUUUGACUCCAAGCUGUUGAUCAUUGAGUGUAAUUAAAUGGUUAACAUUUGGUCAUGGUUGCUUUCUGGUAACUUUACUAAAGAUACAUUAUCAUGAUCAUAUUUAGAAUGUAAGGCCAACAUGAUUGGAGUACCUAAGAAUAUCAAUUAAACAUUUAAUCAGUAUUCUCAGAAUCAGUUGUAAUUUAUCAUUGUUUUGAAACUGAAACACCAAAACUUUCAAACUUCCAAAACUAUAUGAACUUAUGUAAAACAUAAAUCAUGUGGUGCUCAACUAGCCAAUGUUUGUGCUAUUAAAUAUUGUCUUCACA